CUAAGCCGUGGUAUUAUUUUCCUCCAGUGUAACCAUGAGUUUUCAUUAUUGCUCAUGUCGAAACUCUACUACAUUUCCCGUGAUGCCACACGCCGGAACUGGCAAGCGUAAGGCGGAAGAAUGCGAAGAGUGAGCCGGCGAUCCUGUGAGGACGGUCCUCUGCUGGAGGAGCAGGAGACGGAGGGCCAGCGGCAGCUGCACAGCCUCCUGCUGCAGCAGCUCCACACUGACGUCGACAUCGACCGAUGCGUAGCCAAGAGGCAGUGCUUCGCCCCGGCGGCACUCUAUCGGCCGUUUGGGGAGCAGGCGGCCGGAGUGAGGAGCCUGUCCCAGUUCCAAGCCUUGCAGGACGGGGAAAAGGAGCUGGCCAGCCUGCGGGAGCUGGGCCUCACUGACGCCGAGAUCCAGCUGUGGCAGAGCAGAGACGCACCAGAAGCAGCGGAGAAGUCCCAUGGCGUGUGCGCAGCUCCCGGGGCGAAGCAUCAGCGUCUGCAGGCCAUCAGAGACAAGAUCGAAGCCAGGGCGGAGCUCCUGUCCCGCCCACAGCGCUUCGCCGCCAGCCGGCCACUGUCACGCCGGGAGAUGGAGAUUGAACGAUCGCUGUUCCAGGGAAACGACCGUCUGGGUUUUCUGACUGCGCUUUACCAUCGAGAUGAAGAUAAUGAGGAGGGCCAGCAGGGGGCGUCGUCCUCUGAUCCAAUGGACUCUCUGUACAGAGACGUUCUCAGAGAGGAGGCACAGCAAGCUUCACUACAGGACUCUGAGAGAGAAACACACCUGAGAGCAUCACACCUGUCUACACAUAGAACUGUACCUGACCAAUCACAAUACUCACAGACAGACAAUGACCAAUCCAAAGACACCUCCGAGCAUCAUUCAGAGCCGCAUGAUGAAAACAGUACAUCAUCAGACCGGCUGGAGUCAAGUUCACAGACCUCAAAGACAGACAGACAGGAGCGAACACGACCGGCUGCUCCAACAAAGAUAGAAAUAAACCAGCCAAUCGGCAGUCUGUGUGGAGCGGCGGGGGCGGGGUCAGGGGGACCGCUGACUGUCCGAGGGGAGAUUGAGACAAUUACAGACGAAGAAAUCCUGCAGAACCGUGAGUCUGAGGAAGGGAUCCGGAGCAUCCCGAGGUUCCGAAACUACCAGGCAGGAAAACCCUCCAAGCUGCUGUGUGUAAAGAACCUGAGUGCACAGGCGUCUGUGGCCCAGCUGGUGGCGCUGUUCUCCAGGUUUGAGCCGGAGAACGGGCCCCGAGUUGUUUACCGCCUGCUGACUGGAAGGAUGAAGGGUCAGGCCUUCAUCACUCUGCCAGAUGCUGAAACAGCCCAGAAGGCCUUGGUUUUGGUCCAUGGAUACCGGUUGCUAGGGAAACCUUUGGUGGUGGAGUUUGGCCGUGAGCGACAGGAAGAGGAGAAACAGAAAGAGAAGGAAGUGCAGGAGGAGAAGAAAUAAAGAACAAAAAAACAGUUUAUUCAUGACAACAACAGCUGACAUUAACAGACAGAGAUGAAUGAUAGUGUAGUAUUUAUUUUUCUGAAUAUAAAGUGGUCAUCUUUGUCAUAUUAAUGAAUGUCUGUUUUACACCAAACUGACAUUUAUUGUGAAAUUUCUGGAACAGCAAUAGUUUUUUUUUUGUACUUUUUCUUGUCAAUACAUUAUUUGUGUAAUUCAAACAAUUGACAAUAAAAAAACAACAAAUCUAAAGAAAUGUCUUCACCAUCUGAAUAAAUGAAUUUGCUCA